UCGCGAGUCGGACAACCAGAAACCCGAAUUAAUCUGCGAUCAUCUGCAUUUGAGCCGCAAAAUCACUUUUGUGGAUAAAAAGAUCUGGUGGUGUGCAUCGAUAUUUCUAACGAUUUCAUUUUUAAUUCGGGAGAUUUCCAGUCCGCGUUUGGUGUAAUAUCUUGUCUCGCUUAUCUCUACAGUGGUACAGUGUUAGGGCUUAGAGGACAUCACGGAAGGUUACAGUUUCUGAGGCGUAUAAGGUGAGGAAAUACCGGCGAUCGCACGAAUUUUUCGAAAGCGUUUUUCAUUUAAUAGAGCAUCAUGACGGACGCCGUGGUGGACGCGAAGUCGGAGGUAAAGCAGGCCAGUAAAGAAUUCAAGGAGAGUGAGAAUGUGGCGGAGAAGUACUCAGCGCUGACUGUGUGCAAGAAGAGCGAGGCGAGCGCCGGCGAGCUGCCCGCCGCAUUCACUGCGGUCAACACGCACAAGAGCCUCAAGAAGCAGAUUCAGUUCGCCAACCAAGAGGAUAAGCAGGAAUUCAGCAAGUUCCCCACAAAGACGGGCCGCCGCUCACUGUCCCGCUCCAUCUCCCAGUCCUCCACUGACAGCUACAGCUCUGACAGCUCAGAUGAUGAGACAUCUCCUCGAGAAAAGACUCAGGUCAACUCCAAAGGUAGCAGUGACUUCUGUGUCAAGAACAUAAAACAGGCCGAGUUUGGCCGAAGGGAGAUCGAGAUUGCAGAGCAAGAUAUGUCUGCUCUGAUCUCAUUGAGAAAGAGGGCUCAAGGAGAGAAGCCUCUUGCCGGGGCCAAAGUGGUCGGCUGCACCCACAUCACCGCACAGACAGCGGUACUGAUUGAGACGUUGGUGGCUCUGGGCGCUCAGUGUCGUUGGGCUGCAUGUAACAUCUACUCCACUCAGAAUGAAGUGGCUGCUGCCCUGGCAGAAAUAGGAGUGGCUGUUUUUGCCUGGAAAGGAGAGUCUGAGGAUGAUUUCUGGUGGUGCAUUGAUCGCUGUGUCAACACGGAAGGCUGGCAAGCAAACAUGAUUUUGGAUGAUGGUGGUGACCUCACACACUGGGUAUAUAAAAAGUACCCCAGUGUAUUCAAGAAGAUUCAAGGAAUUGUGGAGGAGAGCGUCACUGGAGUUCAUAGACUGUACCAACUCUCUAAAGCCGGAAAACUGUGUGUCCCUGCCAUGAACGUCAACGACUCUGUCACCAAGCAGAAGUUUGACAACCUUUACUGCUGCAGGGAGUCCAUCUUGGAUGGUCUUAAAAGAACCACAGAUGUGAUGUUUGGAGGGAAGCAGGUGGUGGUUUGUGGUUAUGGCGAGGUGGGCAAGGGUUGCUGCUCUGCACUCAAAGCUCUGGGAGCCAUUGUGUGUGUAACUGAGAUCGACCCGAUCUGUGCUCUUCAGGCUUGCAUGGAUGGCUUUAAAGUUGUCAAGCUGAACGAAGUGGUGCGCCAAAUGGACAUGGUGAUCACAUGCACAGGGAAUAAAAAUGUGGUAACCCGAGAGCAGCUGGAUCGUAUGAAGAACGGCUGCAUUGUGUGUAAUAUGGGCCACUCUAACACAGAGAUUGAUGUGGCAAGUCUCAGGACACCAGAGUUGACGUGGGAGAGAGUGCGUUCUCAGGUGGACCAUGUCAUCUGGCCUGAUGGGAAAAGGGUCAUCCUGCUGGCAGAAGGACGGCUUCUGAACUUGAGCUGCUCCACAGUGCCCUCAUUUGUGCUUUCCAUCACAGCUACGACGCAGGCGCUCGCACUAAUAGAGCUGUACAAUGCUCCAGAAGGCCGCUACAGACAGGAUGUUUACCUGCUGCCCAAAAAGAUGGAUGAAUAUGUGGCUAGUUUGCAUCUGCCCAACUUUGAUGCUCACCUUACGGAGCUAUCCGAUGAACAGGCCAAGUAUAUGGGCCUUAAUAAAAAUGGACCUUUUAAACCAAACUACUACAGAUAUUAGUUUGUUUGACUCACAAAGACCUUCAUCCGGGAUGAAGAGACCUGCAUCAUUCUCCGAGCCAAGAGAUUUAUUUUCUAUUUACUGUCCAUUUCUAAAAGAAAGAAAAAAUACUUGAUUUUGUGAAUGUUCUUAUAGUGUCCUUAGACACCCAAUAAUCAAUUGUCAUAUCUAUAUCUGUAACUAUAAUUAUACUCUUUUAGUACUUCAUUAGAAUAAUUUAUUGUGUUUGGAUUUGUUAUCUUUAAAUCACAUUAUAAGAGGACCAUAUCUUUUACAUUGUGCCAUGUAUGGGUGGUGGUGAAGAAUUAUUUGGGAACAUGUUUCGGGAUUAAUCCUUUUUUCAUUUUUGUUUUUCAGUGCUUGUAUUAUGUAUGUCUUAAUCUUCAUACUAAUGGGAAACCGAAACAAAAGAAGUCAACACACUGAAUUUAGAAUCUGCUGAUAUUCCAUAAAUAUUUGAAACAUCAUCAUAUUUAGGUGUAGGAUAUAUAUAUAUAUAUAUAUAUAUAUAUAUAUAUAUAUAUAUAUAUAUAUAUAUAUAUAUAUAUAUAUAUAUAAACAUUUUAAUAAUUGCUUCUCUAGCACUUCAUCUAAUUUAUCUUUUUAAUAUGCAAACAAUUUACAGUUUGUUUUCCUGAAUAAUAUUUUUAUAUAAACAUUACACAAGAGACCUACAGAAUGAAUUAAGGCCUACUUUAUCUUUGCUUAUAUAUGCCAUGGUGUUUAUAUUACUCCUAAGGGCUGGAGUGCUCAGAUACUGUAUACUUGUUAUACACACAGGGUGUAUCAGAACAAUACAUACCCUGUAUGACAUUUAUACAGGUUUCUCCCACAUUUUAAAUUAAUAUUUUGUGGCCUUUGACAAAACUUGCUCCUUUUUUUUUAAGCUCAGUAUAAGUUAUACAUAAUAGUAACUAUCAGUUACUAUCAGUCAUAAGCAUCAGAUAAAAAAUAAGCAAAGCAAUGAAUUGUUUAAAUGUUGGUUUUGACUGAUUAGUAGGGUUUAUGAACUCUUGCUAGCAGAUAUUUUGCAGCACACACAGACAUACACGCGCAAACACACACACACAUUCAAAUAUAAAAUGAAUGCUAAAUUAUCAUUAUCAUUAUACAAAUAUCACUGUGAUUGAGUAGGCCUGCGUAUUUACACGUUAACAUGUUUCUCUUUUAUUAAAUUACAUUCCCUGCCUUGUUUAUCAUAUUAAAUAUUUGUUAUGUACCAAA